AUUUGUAGUUAUUGAGUUGUGGCUGUAUUAUGCAAGUUAUCGACUUUGACAGUGCUUCCUUCUGUGUAAUGCGCUUUCCGUGGCGCUUGUCUAUGAAGCCUUUCCUAUAUCCCUUUGCCCUAGGCUUAGACCUGGUUAGUUUGUAAGUAUCGAUUUAUAACCGGAAACACUGGCACUGCGACGACGUUCUGACUGCAGGACUGCUGGAUGUGUUAACGGGAAGCGACGUGAACCGUCGCGUGAGCCUAAUACACAACACUGCUGCCUGAGUAGUCCUUAAAUAGUGAUAAAUUUGCCGUGAGCUCGCGCAAUCGAGGAUGGCCUCGGUACCUCUGCCGCGGCGCGCGGUGCAUCCUCUUUUCCUGAGGAGGCUAGCGAAUGAGAAAGCACCUGGUGUAUCAGGAUGUCUAGGGGAAUUAACGACAGCUCAGGUCGUUCAGCUUUUUGUCCGUCCGGCGACGCAACAACACAAGAGCAGCCUCGCGGAAUGUAUCCUGGAAGGGCACAUUCCGUCCAAAUUCGCGCUAUCGUGGUGCAGCUCGGGCACUAUCCGCGACGGGGAUGGCAUGCAACAGCAGGCCUUCGGCCCCACCCGCUACUUCGUGAGCCAUGCCUGGAGCUACAAGUUCGAGGCGCUCGUGUCCAUGCUGGAGAACCACUACGCGCAGCUGCCCGGCACCAAGGGGGGCGCCAAGUUCCUGCCGGUGUACUACUGGGUGGACAUCCUGGCCGUACGGCAGCACUUUUCCGGCGACUUCAAGGAUCACCCGGACAGCGACUUCCCAGGCGUCAUCCGCUGCUCGCGAGCGGUGCUCUUCACCAUGCACCCGUGGCGCAGCCCCAUCGCACCCACGCGGGUGUGGUGCCUGUUUGAGGCGCUCACGGCCAUCCAGGCGCCGGGUGUGGGUUUCGAGGUGGUGGUGGACGUGAAAGACAGCAAGGACACGCGCGUGCAGACGCUGCAGACCAUCAGCAACAGCAUAGAGGUCCGCACAGCGCAGGCCACCGUGUCCUCUGACAAGACGUGGAUCCUGUCGCGCAUCGAGCAGGGCAUUGGGAUAGCCGCCUUCAACAACGCCAUUCGCAAGCGACUGAAGGAGGCCCUGCUGGCUGCAGUAACCCCCAACGCAGUGGACGCGGGAGACACUCAGGCGCUGCAUGAGCUGCUCAAGGUCGGCGGCUGCGUGCGUCCUGACGGCAUCCUGGACCUUCCCUCACACUUCCGCUUCGGCUCUGACUCCGACAUGCUGGGCGUGCUGCGCUCCAUGAUGCUACGCGACCUGCGGCCGCGCGGGCUGGCGCUGGCAGGCCGGAGACGCAUGCGGGAGGUGGUGCUGAGCGAUGCGGGGCUGCGAGGUUGGGACGGCGCCGGAUCGGGGCUGCGGGAGUAUACCGAGAGUGAGACGGGGCGGAUGAUGUGGGCGUGGCUGCCGCUCUCACCCGCCGUAUGCCAGGCGGUGGCUGAGCUCCUAGUGACACAGCCACCCGGAGGCGCUGGAGGCGGCGGCAGCAGCAACGGCACCUCCGCCUCCUCCUCAUGCGCCGCCACUCCCAACACCAGCGGCGGCGGCGGCAGCAGCAGCACAGCGAGUGGCUCUAGCGGCGGCAGCACCUCAUCUUCAUCAGGCGGCAGCACCUCCCGUGGCGGCGGCGGCGGUGUGGAGGAGCUCUGGAUCAGCCUGCGCGCGCCCAAACCCGAGGACUUCCGUGCACCCGAGCCUCAGCUCCUCGCCUGCCCUAGCAACAGCCACCUGUUUAACCUCCCCAGCGCCGCCGCCGGCCCUGCCGUACCGCCCUCGGGGCCCGGCAGCGCCACCGCUGCGCGCGCCGCCGCCCGCGCCGCUGCCGCCAGCCCCCACCGCCGCCGUCUGGCCUCCGCCGCGGUCACCCUGACGUCCUGCGUCACCGCCGCGCACGUGGCGGCGGCGGCGGCGCGCUGUGCCAGUGGCCGUACCUCUGUCUUCGGUCCGGCGCAGGCAGCUGCUGCGCUGGCCGCCGCCGGCGGCGGCGCCAGCGCCGGCGGCGCUUCCGGCUCCCGCGCUCUGGCCAGCUCAGGAGCGCUCUCUGGUACCUCCUCCUCCUCAGCCUCCUCGCGGCAUUCAACCUUAUCAUUGAGUCCCUCUCCCUCCUCAGGCUCCUUGUUCGGAACCCUAGGCCGAGGAGGAGCAGCAGCAGGAGGACUAGGUGGUGGCGGCAGCGGCAGCGCCUCCGCAUACUCAGCCUACGCGAGGAGGUCGGUGGCGGGGCCGCUGUCCUCGUCGCCGACGAUGGUACCGCCGCUGCUACGCAGCCCGCGCACCAGCCAGAACGGCCAUCUGUCGUCGGCGGCAGAGUCCUUAUCGCUGCCGUCCCCAUGCGGAGGGUGGGUGGGCGGCUCAUUGGCCUCCCCAGUCGGCGCUUCGGGGGGCUCCGCUGGCGGCGGUGGCGGCGGCGGCUUAAUGGGACUGUCGCAAUCUUCAUCGCUAUCUAGCUACAUGAGCGGCGGCGGCGGUGUCGGCUCGCACCUGCAGCUGCCGCCGCUGCCUCAGCAGCCGGCGCAGGGGCAGGGGCAACAGGGGAAGGAGGGCGGGUCGGGGCUGUCGCCGGGUCGCCCCGCGCUAUGGGCUGCGGUGGGGAGCAGCCGCACGCUGCGGAUGCUGUGUCUGCACCAGUCCGUGCUGGCACCGCAAGACCUGCAGUUGCUGGCGACCGCACUUCAAUCCACUCGGACGCUAGAGGUGCUGCAGUUUGUCAAGUGCGUGCCCGCAAGCGGCGAGGGGUUCAGUGGCGGCAGCGGCAGUGCAAGCGGCGGUGGCGGCGGCGGCGGCGCGGGUCGGCUGUGUUGGGAGCUGCUGUCGCUGGUUCUGAGUCUGCCCGGGGGCAGCAGUGUACGACAGCUGCACAUCCGCACCAGCGAGCUGACGUACAUUGAGUCGGCGGAGCAGCUGCUGCCGGCACCGCAGCAGCAGUCGAGCUGCCCGCUGCGCCGCCUCACGCUGGCCCCCGUGGUGCUCAGCCCCCCCGCGGUACGGCAGCUGGGCCAGGCACUCGCCCCGCUGCCGCAGCUGGCGGGGCUGGUGGUGGGUCCGGACCCUGCGCCGCCAGCCACAUGGAUGCCCAGGGAGCAGCAUGAGAAGGACUUGUGGCUGGCGCACGAGGACAAGGUGGAGCCAGAGAUGGCGGCCAAGCGGAGGAAGCACCUGGGCCUGGACGACGCGGGCCAGGCUGCCUACGUGGCCAAUGCAUGGGACUUCCGAGACGACCUGGCCGGUCUUCCCACCCCAGACCGCGGCCCCGCUGUGCUGCGACAGCGCGCCGCCGCCAUCUCCUUCUACCUGGCCCUGAGUGCGGGCUGGCGGGACAUGGCCGCCUACGCGCGGCAGUACGCGCGCUGGGCUUGGAUGAAGAAGAGCGGCGCGGAGGAGGCGAACCUGGCCCAACUCAGGAAGAGCUUUGACACGUACAAGGCACUGGUGGGAGAGCUCCUCGAGGCCUCCCCCGAUGUCUUCAAGCUCAAGUUUGGAGCCGCGGAGCAGCGCCGCCGCUCCGAGAAGUCCCGCAUCCAGUCAACCUACUGGGAGACCUAUUGCAGCUAGGCGUGGCGGGCCGUGCAGCUGGGGGCUGUGCAGCCGGCCGGCUGGCUGGCUGGUUAUGAGACAACUAGGAUGCCUGCAUUAGCUGCGGCUAUGGCGGAGAUGCACUUCCAACCGAAGGUAUCCUUUGGAAUCCUUUUUGCACCACCGGAUCAGGAGCCGCACGUUAUUUCCACCACCUGGCGAGACGUUAUUUCCACCACCUGCCAAUUCGCCAAAACGUUUGAAUCGGUAGUGAGCACAGUCCGCCUCCACCAAGCCCGCAUCCGCCAAACCCUUCUCUCGCCAAGCCCUGAGAGCCCCCCAGCCCUUCUCCAUGAAGCGAUCUCUAGACAUGUUGAGAGGCACCGUGUCGCCAAGCAAGAGGGGUCAUUACGUGCUUCUUCGUCUUCAUCCUGGGAUACGCAGGGGGCUGGCUGCUUUAAUGUCCCCUACCUCGAACACCCAUAUGCGGUGUCCACUACCCCGUACUUAUACCGAAAGCCUUUGUGGGUCGUACUUCCUGUCUAGUUGUAUUGGUCGGGUAGCUGCCUGCUGCGCAUCGCUCUGCCGUACCGUAGCAUGAAUUUGUUGUCUAGUUGCCUUGGCGCGCGAAUGAUGAGGGGCAGCUGACCAACACUGCGGGUCAUGGUAUGUGGGUUCGGCGUGGAGGGCUAUGUAGGUAAAAAGCGGCUGGGUAUCCCCUUGAUUGUGUCAAUUAAAAAAGAAAUUAUCGUAGGUGGUGGGACAAGUGUGUGCGGGUAUGGGCGGGCGAACGGAUUCCACGGGCAGGCAUACCUGAUGAUGGGUCCGUCAUGAGGAAAGCGUACAGAGGCCUUAUCCUAACCUGAUCGGGCGAAAGGUCCUGGGGAAGGUCGGCGAUUAUCGGGUUAAGAAGUACGGCACGGUUGGCGCUUGUUGGUUUUUGCCGGGGGCUGACGAGGACUGUUCGUAGUAAGUAUGGCUCCAUGUGAAUCGGAAUGCCGCGCUAGAUCUUUAUACAUUUAUAAUCGAAAGCAGGAGCAUGUGCUGUUCCUGACUAGCAGAUGAGGUUGUCUAACCAACUUCGGGGAGAUCUCGCCGCUAUGCUAACUGUUACUCUCACCUCUUGUUUCAAUUUAUACUUGGCUUGGUUUGCUACCGAGAAGGUUGACGUGGAAUUUGCUGUACGACAAAAAAGGGUCGUUGCCGAGAUGCAGUUUUUACCUGACGAUGCGGGUUUUAGCCGACGGAUCUUUACCCGUCCUUCCAAAAACGGAAACGGCUAACACGUCGUGCGGUGUUGUCAGCAUCGGGCUGCGGGUUUGUCGUCAUCUUCCUAGUAUGUGAUUAAAUUUGUUCAUUCUGUCGCAUGCCAACAUGGCAACUGGGUGCUCGCGCGUAUAAGCGGCUGCAAGGUGGAAUAAUGCGUGCGCUGUAGCGUGAGUUGCUCUGACAGUGGGACAGAGGUGUGCGGUUCUUCUCCAUGUGUUUCUUAUCUGAUGGGUGGUAACGCUGAUAUGCGCUUAGGCAAUACGUUGUGCCUCAAAUUAGUAGGCAAGGACUCCGCCCUCCUAAUGCCAGGGA